GUGUCCCGUUUUGGGGGUGUGAAACUCAGCAUCCCGUGAUUCCGGCUCGCUCUGAGGGCAGAGGCCGGGCAGCGCCGCAGCCGCGUCCGUCAGCUCCGCUGCCGCUCCCGGCCCGUCCGCCGGCGGCUGCGCGCGCCUCUCCCCUUCCUCCUCCUCCUCCUCCUCCUGCCGCCGCGGCCGCUGCCCCCGCGGCAGGGAUGGAGGCCAUCGAGGAGCUGGCGGUCCAGCCCUGCACCUCCUCCCUCUACCUGCGGCCUUUCCGCCUCUCUUACCGGCAGAAUGGCACUAAGAAGUUCUGGGAUUUUAUGAGGACACAUGACAGUGUGUCAAUCCUGAUCUUUAAUACUUCUCGGCAGUGCUUUGUUGUGGUGAAGCAGUUCCGCCCAGCUGUUUACAUGUGUGAAAUAGAAAGGCAUCAUCCUCAAGUCUUUGAGAAUCAGGACAAGGAGAGCUUCCCUUCCCUGGAAAAUCCCUUACCUGCUGUGGUUGGAGUGACCUAUGAACUCUGUGCUGGCAUUGUGGACAAGCCAGGCCUUUCUUUAGAAGAAAUUGCUUGUGAGGAAGUUUUGGAAGAGUGUGGCUAUCGUGUUUCCAUUGCAGACCUCAGGAGGAUCACUUCUUACAGGUCUGGAGUUGGUGUGACAGGUUCUAGGCAGACUUUGUUUUAUGCAGAAGUAAACGACCAGAUGAGAACCAGUGGAGGAGGUGGCCAGCCUGAAGAAGGAGAGCUGAUUGAAGUUGUGGAAAUACCUUUAGGAGAAUCCAUGAAGUUUGCUUAUGAUGAGACUUUCCCGAAGACAAUGGGUGUCAUCUUCAGCUUCAUGUGGUUCCACAACAACAUAGCACCCAAACUACCCAAAAAGUAAAGCACCAUGAUUUUAAGGAAAGCUUUUCUGCUGCUGCUGUGCAUGCAGAAAGCUGCAAAUCUGCCUGCCUCAAUCAACUCAACUUCUCACAAGACAAAUAUUUCUUUAAAUAAAUUUGGAAGUAAAAUCU